UAAACUUCAAUUCUAAGAGAAUAGUAUUGUUUAGGACAUGGAGCAAGUGUGCCUUUUCUCUGAAUGCUUUGGGUAUCGAGCUUUUUCAUUUCAGGAAGUUCUUGAUUGGCGGUUCCUCAUCCGUAGAGAUUCCCUUCUUGUUUCCUUUGUCAAUUGCACAUAGUGAACAGCUCCUCUUGACUGUUCAGUAUAGGAGGCAAUUUGCAAUUUCCAUAUAAGCUAGUGUGUUGGAUGUUUAAUGCAAUUCCUCUAGUAAGCAGCACACCUUAUGAUGUCAGUUGUGAAUGUACUGUUAACUACCUCGUGCAAGUUUAUUUUUUCUAGCGCAUUGCCGAUACGACACCCAUUCAAGACCCUUUGGAAUUCAUCCUCUGAGGGCUAAAUCAGCAGAUGCAUGUAUACAUAGUUGGAGUUAGUUAGCUUUUUGUACACUUGCUUCUGGUUUGGUAGUUUCUAGAGACCCCGUCUUUACGGUUCAGUUGACUGAAGACUUGGUAUGAGACUAAAGUGUAUUGGAGGCAAGGAGCUAAUGUGAUGUCGAGAAAGAAAUUUCAAUCAUCUCUUGACCUUAUGAUCGACCUGUUGAAUUUAGCUGUUUGAGUCUCUGUUAGCUCUGAAGUGGUAUCAAGAUGCAUUGCAGCACUUGUCUUUGCUUGCUUUCUCUCCCCUGUUACAGUUUUGGAUCUUUUAAUGCCGUAUAUCUUACAAAUAAGGCUGUAAAGCCCAUUGCUCCUAUCAUUGCUGGUUCUGCCCUCAUCAGUUUUUCAGAAGGAAACUAAGGGGGAUUUUGCUGAAUCAGUCAGGCCACUAGUUCCUUUUAGUAUUUUCUGUUCCAGUCAUUCCGAGACUGAACAAAUUUCACUUAGUUUAUGUGCUUGUUGUCUCUCCGCCUUCAAUAAAUAAGUGUCCUAAGUGCUAUUGAAGCUGCAAAAAUGGAAAGGU